GUAAAUGACCUUCGCUGCUCUUUCAUCACAAAGCACUUCUUAGGCUUUACAACCCUGCCCCUCCCUGUCUCUCUCUCUCUCUCUCCCACCUCUGUCAUCUCAGAGAAGAAGGGGGGAAAGUCAUUAGGCACAAAUGGGGAGGAGAGAAUAGCUAGUGGUUGCAAUCACCAUUAAAGUCAGGGCAAAGCUCAGAGCCACUGAGAGACAGUGAGAGGACUGCACUGGGGAAUAUCUGCCCAGGGAAUACAAUAUGUUUUCAGCCCAUUAAGUUGGAUAAACAAAUGGCUGACUGUAGGAGAUGCUGAGAGUCAUGGACAUCAUCAGGAAAACACUGGGAAAUCAAUAACUCCAGAGGGGUGGUGAGGAGCAUUAAUGGGAUGCCAUGAAAUGUACUUAGAGCCUAUCUCAGUGCAACCCUUGCCUGGCACUAAAUUGAUGUCGUGGAGCAGUGGUGAAUCAGAGACUGGGCAAGAUGGGUAACGCCAUGCGAGGUGUUAUUGCCUUCAUUCCCUCCGAGCGCUGUCAACGUUUCCUAGUAGGGGACCUAAAGGAGAUGCCACCUGAUCGGACCCUGGACCUGAGCAGCCGGCAGCUGCGCCGGCUGCCUGUUGCUGCCUGUGUUUUCAAUGAGCUGGUGAAACUCUACCUGAGCGACAACAACCUCAGCAGCUUACCUGCUGAACUGCAGGACCUGAAGAAGCUGCAGCUCCUGGCCCUUGACUUCAACUGCUUUGAAGAGCUCCCUGCUGUUGUUUGCAGAUUGCCCCAGCUCAGCAUCCUUUACCUGGGCAACAACAGGCUUUACAGCCUCCCCAGAGAACUGAGAGAGCUCAAGGAACUUAGCACUCUGUGGCUGGAGACUAAUUGCUUCACAGUUUUCCCCAAGGUGGUUUGUGAGCUCUCUAAUCUCAAGACCCUGCACCUUGGUUAUAAUCAGAUACAGAGUUUACCAAAAGAGCUUGGAGGGCUGGAAGAGCUAAGAAGUAUCUGGCUUGCUGGGAACCAGCUGGCAGCAUUCCCACUAGUGUUGCUGGAAAUGCACCUUUUAGCUGUCAUUGAUGUGGAUCGGAACAAAAUACGCUACUUCCCAAACCUGACUCACAUGCAGGGGUUGAAACUUGUCAUCUAUGAUCACAACCCCUGCGUUAAUGCCCCUGCAGUGGGCGAGGGAGUCAGAAGAGUCGGGCGCUGGGCGGACAGCUCGGACGAUGAGCAGGAAGAUGAUGGGUCAAAAGUAGCGAGUGAGACUACAGCAGAGGUCACGGAAGUACACCCCGAGGAGGAGCACAACAUUUAGGUUCAAGGAACAAAGUGACCCUCAGCCGUGGCGAGGCCUGGCAGUACAGGAUGACGUUCAAGUGGAACACUUAACGCCGAGUGGUGUGUUGUACAUCAGGCUGAUGGCAUUUUGUCCAUAUAUGGUAAAGCCAAGUUGUCGUACAAGUGUAAAAGGGAAGGAAAUUUGAAUCUUAAAAUAAAAAAAUGUUUGACAUGUCUGGUUACUUACGUUGUAUGAAAUGUUAGUGUCUUUUUGAAUUAGUAAAACUCUCUGUGCCUUCAAAUGAUUAGCUGAAACAACAGUGACAUUGUAAAUUGCUUUUCAUUUUCCCCAUCGUCAGAUUUUCUGUUAUUCAAAACGUUUGAACUAUUGUAACUUAUUGUACAAGACAUACAGUAUAUCUUGGGAAAUUUACAGAAUUGCACAGGUUGUAGGAUAUCUGUGGGAUCUAAACAGUACUGGCAAGCAUGUAUUUCUACUUAAUAGCUAUUAUAGAUGUGUUUGCAGGACACUUUUCUAUUAAACUGACUGUGCAGUUGGUCAGUAUGGCAGGGAUUGAGAAAAAGAAAGGAUUCAUUACGGACAUUUUUGUUCGAGCAGAGUGAGAUAAUAUCUAUACCUGCUGAGGCUAAAUACUGUGAGGAUUUUAAUACAAGAGAUGGAUGAUUUAAAUCAAUUAGUGCACUCCUUAUCCAGACCAAUGCAUAAUUCAUCUGAUAGAUUGGGGCUGUGGUUUGAAUAAAGGCUGCUAAUGGGCUUUAAUAUCAUCGUCAUAAGGUUCACGAUUUGAAACAGAUCGUAAAUGCAGCUUUCCAAUUCCUCAGAGUACCAGGAAAAUGUUCAGUAAACAAGAUUAAAUGUCAUUCCACAAUGUAUCAUUUUAGGCACUUCAAAUCCUUUUAACAAACCGUAGGAAAAUAAAUUACCAUUGGCCUUUUACUGGAAAUGUGAUUAUUUCACACAGCAUGAACACACAUAACUAC